AUGUUCCGGAUGCUUCUGCUGAGUGUGUUCAUACUUCUCCUCAUAGACACAGGAGAAAAAGUGCUGACAGUGAAUUUGAUUAAACAUUGCAAUCUUUGUACUCAUUAUGAUGGGUUCACAUGCCGCUCUGGCAUGAAAACAUGCUGGAAGUUUGGCCUAUUGGUGAACAACAAGUCUUGUACCACAGAAAACUUUUAUUUUUAUGACCGUUUCACAGGGAUAUACCUUUUUCGUCACACAAAACUUUCCUGUAAACCAUGUGCACGUGGAAUGUAUCAAUUAUACCAUGACCUCCUGAGAGAAACAUUUUGCUGUACUAAUAAGGACUACUGUAAUGAUGGCACUGCUAACUUAGAUAUCUCACAAAUAAUUGUCGAGGAUAUGAGGGAGAAGAAAGAGUUGAAUGACUGA